AUGGCAAGCACGACCGCCGAUCGCCUCACGCUCCUCCAAGACCACAUCCGGCAGACCCUCCACUCGCGCGCCCGCACCCCCGAGUCCGACGCCGACAUCGCCCGCAGCCUCAGCACGCUCCACGCGGGCAUCGAGCAGCUCGAGAAGGAGCAGCAGCAGCUCGAGGAGCAUGGGGACUCAACCUCCCAGGUGCUCCGCGAGCGCGAAGACAUCCUAAUCCGCCUCCGCACACAACACGACGACCUGCACUCCCUCUUCACGCACCCGCCCAGCUCCCCCUCGUCCCCCGCCCCCACCCCCACCGCCACACCCACCCACCCCGCCGCUACGCUCCGGCGCUCCCCCAGCGCCGACACAGCCGCGCGCGAAGCGCUGAUGGGGCCGCGCGAGACGCCCUCCGCGCUGCGCAAGACGGUGCGCUUCAGCGACCUCGACAACACGCAGGUGCUGCAGCUGCACCAGCGGGUGAUGGAGGAGCAGGACGAGGACCUGGAUAGGCUGUCGGUCAGUAUCAGGAACCAGAGGGAGCUGAGUAUACAGAUUGGCGAUGAGCUCGAGGGCCAUGUGCAGUUGCUGGACGGCGUGGAUGAGCUGGUGGAGCGCCACACGGAGCGGCUGGGGGGCGCGAGGAGGGGGUUGGGGGUGGUGGAGAGGGGGGUGCGGGAGAAUGGGAGUUUGGUGGUUAUUGUGGUGCUGAUUGUGGUGUUGGUGGUGUUGAUUGCUGUGUUGAAGUGGUAG